AUGAAGAGCCUACGGACUAUUAUUGUCUCCGUAGUGACAUUGCUUUCAUUUAUUACAAAUUGUGAAUCUGCCAAAAUAAAUACACCGAGAGUUUUGCUUCCAUGGUUUGAAAAUUUAUAUGUAAACUUUACUUUUGAAAUCAUCGAAGGUGGUUGUUAUUCAUGGAGUUUGUCUCGCGAUGACAUCAUUGAUCUUGUGCCAUUGUACGAAGAUACAUGGGGUCACUGUUCACGAGCUGCACGUGUUUCUGUAUCCAAAUCAUGUAUACCGCCGGGUUCAGUAAUCAUUCUAGCAGAAGAAGUAAAUACAGGAGAGAUCCUAAGAGGUGAUGUGGAUGUUGAUAUAAUAAGAUCAUUAAAAAUUAUGAGUACAACUCGUAAUUUAUAUUUGGAAGAAGCUCCAGAAGCUUUUGAAGUUGUGGCAUAUGAUGACAAAGGAAACAAGUUCUCCUCUCUUGAAGGAAUAAGUUUCACUUGGAAUACUGAAAAUGUGGAUAAUAAUGGAAAUCAUCCAUUGAUUAUUCUCGUCCAAUGGAAAGACACUGAUUAUGAGGCGCCUCAAGGUAUAGCUGAAUUAGAAGCUCAAGGCCUACAAUCAUAUUCAGUGCUGCUUUAUGGUCAGGCUAUGGGAGAAUCACAUGUUACGGUGUGUCUUGAUAAAAUAUGUACCGACUUUUAUCUUCAUGUGGUUGCAAGUGUUGUUCUGACUCCGGCAGUGGCUUAUGUUGCCCCCGGUGAUACUUUAAGAUAUAAGGUUGUAAGAGCGCGUGCUGGUCGUCUUACUGUUCAAGAUGUCGCCGCUACAAUAUACAGAAUGGAGUUACCACAAUCUGAUGUUGCCACAUUAGAAGAUGGCGUAAGCCUUGUCAGAGCUACAGAAGUAGGGACGUCUCACGUUUACCUCAAAUCAGAGGCAACAGAGGUGGCCAUGGCAACACUCACAGUUGUAGAACCAUACUCUAUACGCGUCACUUUAAGACCAUCUAAUAUGAUAAUACGAGGUGAUCAAUUUACUGUACACUGUGUUGUAUUUGAUGAGGAUGGACACCCAUUAACUGCUGGGCCAGAAAUAUUGAUAAGGCUGACAGUGAACGGUGAAGCAGAUGUCAUUUUGAUAAAAUCAACGGAAAACGGAACAAUAACUGAUGCAGUUGCCCAGAAUACUGGAGAAUUUACCGUUACAGCUAAAUUGUUCUCGGUAGCUGGUAAAAGUUUGUUUAAAAAUGUUGAAGGCCAAAUAACUGCAAAGGCUGUAGACCCAUUAGCGAUGGUGCCCCCAGAAAUGUUUAUAGCAUGGACUGAAUCAAACCUAGAAUUUCCAUUAAAACAUAGCGGCGGUGGUGAUGAACACGUGACUUGGUCAGAAAGACAAGAUAGCCCUCUCAUGUUGACACCUGCUGGGUUGCUGACUGUACGUGGUGUUGGACAAAUAGAUGUCAGAUUACAUCUCACUAAGUAUCCGCACAUACAAGCGUCGGGGAGGGUGUGGUCAGCUAUACCCGAGCUCCUACAAGUGUCGAGUUCAGGUACAGCGCGCGUGGCUCGUCCUCACCAUUUACACAUCAAACUAACUGGAACUCAUCCGGCUACUGGGGAGCUAUACAACUUUAAUACCUGCAACUGUGCAUCAUUUGCUGUGUCUUUAGUUGAGGGUCCGGAGCCACAGAAUGUUACGGCUGCUCCUUGGAUAAAACCAAAAGACGGUGCCUGUUGUGUGGUAGAGUGUACGUUUGUAUCUCGCGGCCUGUCUACGUUGCGUGUGUCUCGUGGUAGGGCUGCGGACACGGCCCGGGUGGCGGUCAGGGCUGCCCCCAGCCUGCUGUGGCCUAACGCCGCCGCUCUGUUACCCGGCGCUUCAAUACCUGUGAUCGGUGAAGGUGAAUCCCUUAUACCUCAGUCGAAUCAGCCGAGGGUCGCUGAACUCAACGCUCGUGAUGGGGCUCCGCCACACAAUUAUCCUGACGCCCAACUAUUCACCCUUAAAUGUCGUAGGAAAGGUGAGGCGUUGGUGCAAUUAUCGUCGUUGCAUGAGGAACGCGAGUCAGUGUCUCUUGAGACGUGGUGCGCGUCGCACGUCACACGAGCUCGUCUAGAUGCUCCCGACACGCACGGAAAUUGUUCAGGAUCGAGAGUGUGGUUGCGUCCCGGACAAGAAGUGCCUAUAAAGGUGACUCUAUUUGACACUAUAGGAAGAGAAUUGUUAGACGAAGAUGGACCGAUUAUGAACUGGGAUGUACAACCUCAUCAUAUAGGAAUAGGUUUCAAAACCACAGAUCGAUUGUUUGUAGAGACAAACAGUAAAUAUGCUCCGGUACCAGUGCCUGAUAAAUAUUAUCAACUAGUAGUGGCAACGGAACAAGCUAUAGGGUGGAGCGGUUCGAUAAAAGCUGCAAUUCCUGAUACAUCAGCAACAAUACAAGCCAAAGUUGUGGCUCCGUUGAAAUGUGACCCUAUGAAGGUUCACAUCGCAUGGGAAGGGGAAACGGUGCCUAACAUAUCAGCCGUGACCGGCGGCAGCGGAAAAUAUAUAGUCGAAACACCAAAAGGAGUCACAGCGUCUGUUGAUGAAGGCAGAUUAUCAGCAGUGUUACCAGCACCGGGUACUUACGACCUGAUUGUGGCAGACUUAUGUGUUAGCGGUGAGAAGAACAUUGUUGAGGUCAUUAUAGAAGAGGUAUUGAGUGUGGAGGUAUCAACCGCGAGGGCUGUUUGUGUCGAUCAUUGUGUUCCCAUCAGAGCGUUGGUGAAAGGCGUCUCUCAUAGAUAUCUGGCUACUAGCAGGGAACCAGAUUGGAAGACAGAGGGAGACGUUAUAGUUAGAAAGGGACAGCUGUGUGGCCUCAGGGAAGGGGUUGGAAGAGUUAGAGCUUCUUUGGGAGGAGUAUGGAGUCAGUCUGUUGAGGUGUGGGUGUUUCCGUCGCUGGCGAUUGUUCCUGAGAGGUCGAGGGUCGCGGUGGGAGGUCGUGUUCACCUCAGCCACGCGGGGGGUCCUCCGCGACACCUGGGCCUCGCUGUUUCUUCGUCUGGUGUUAUACAAGGCUUGUAUCCUGGAAGUACCCGAGUGAAGCUCGUGGCGGUUGAUGCUGCUAACGUUGAACUGGCGAGUGCUGAAGCCGAAAUUGAGGUCGUACCUAUAACGACACUCCGAGUGCGAGCAGCAACACAAACAUUAUUAGUGGGGUCGCCAGGACCCGUGUGGAUUGAAGCCGCGGGGUUAACAGCGACCGCGCUGUCCUCGCUACAACCGCUACCUAGAGUUACCUGGGCCUUACGGGACCCCACGAUGGCCAGAAUAUACACAACGCAUAUUGACGAUCGCUUGGAGAGGUCGAUUGUUGAAGGUCUAUCAGUACGAGUGGUGCCUUUAAAACCUGGUGUCAUUACACUUGAUGUGAGAGUAAGGAACAUGGGACAAGUUGCUGAAACCCGUUCCUGGGACAGUACUAUCGAGAUUUUGGGUAUAUCAGAUAUACGUACCUCUAUAGAAGGCUUUAGAGAUAUAAACUCGGGUGAAAUAUUAUCCCUGGCUGUGGGUUCUACAAUUCGUUUGAAAUCACUUCCUAAAGGAAAAUGGUCUUCCUUUCAAGAUGGUUGUUUUGAGAUUUUCGAUAAUGGUGAUGUGAGGGCAUUGAGACCGGGCCACGGAGUCAUCAUCACAACACACAAGGAUGAGAGGAAUAAUAUAGAAAGACAAGCGGUGAUACAUGUCGAAGUCUCUGUCCCCUACUACUGUACAGUGGAGCCGGCGGAGUCUUCGGAGUCUUGGGAGUCUUUGAGGGUUGUGACGAGGAGUGUCCUCGGUAGGGAGCUGUUGUCACCGCAGGCCAACGUCACCGUGAUGACGUCACUUCCGGCGAGGAUACGUAGGAACUUGAACAGUGCUCGCGGUAGCGAGAUUUCUCUAAGCGGUCUAGACUCGAAUGGAGCUUUUAUGACCUUCCAAAGUUCCUUGGCCGGUGUUACUGUCUCAGACGAAGUCUUCAUACCUGGUUCUGACGCGUACGCAAAUAGGAUAGUGGCGACGGGAGGAUUCGCGGUGUGUGUAGAAGGUUCUGGAUGGACGGUCCCAGCGGGAAUACAGACGGCGACUGGCGCGGGGCUCACACUGGCGGUAUUAAUGACAGAUGCUCCUGCCAUGCACGUAUUAAGACUCGAUAGACCGCCAUCUACCGUCAACAUUCUGCAACUACCGAUAUCUAAGAUGGAAUUCCUUCCCGGUGAAUGGCCGGCGUCCCUCGUGCCUCUCUCCAUACAAGCGGAGGGACUCACAUCGGGUCCUCUGCUAUGUACUGAGGAACAGAAGUAUGCUUUAGCCGGAGUAGAUGUUGAUGUACCAUUUACCUGUCGAACGACCGCACCAUUUGUAGCGCAAGCUGUUCUGGAUAUAACCAACGGCCGUCACGGAUGUACCAUUCUCCCUGGAAAUGAAAUAAAUCAGGCAGUCGAUGUGGAACUGUGUGCCGAGUGGGGAGUUUUGAGCACUUGUACUAAAGUACAGUUGUUGCCACCGAUACAAUUGUCGCAGACACAGAUAUCACUGCUCAAUCCCCCCUCUAUGUUUAUUAUUAAUGGACACCCAAACGCUCUGAAGGCGGUCAAAAUUACACCGUCGCCCGGUCUGAAAGUUGAAACUAAUUCCAAGGAAGGUCAGAUAAGUGUCACAGUUAAGUCAGAAACUACGACAUGCGGUGUUGGAUGGGUAAACGUUGUAUCGAAACUAACCUCUCAAGAAAUCAGGGUCGAGGUUGAAAGGGAAUGCGAAAUAGCUUGCGGGACGCUGCUGGGCGCUUUAUUUUCUAUAAUGAAACCUUAUCUAUCAACAUUAGUGACGGUUGCAUUUAUAGCCGGUGGAUAUAUUUAUGUACAAAGUCAUCAGCAGCAAAAAGGUCACAUACAGUUGCCGAAGCCACCGCAGAGUACCCUUCAGACUCCGCUGCCAGAGCCUCGCAGUCGGACGUGGUCGCGGAGUCCCUACGCCUCAAACCCUUCAGCACCCGUUUAUGGUGACACGAGCAUGUUGCCAGAUGCGAGCUUCUUACCGACAUCCACUAGAAUACAUUCAAGACUUCUCUAG